AUGUCAAAAAAUGAAUGGAAACGUAUUCAAAAGCAAAAGAAAUGGGAAGAAACUAAAGAAGUAUAUCGUCAAGUGAAGCGAGAAAAGAAGAAAGCUGCUCGUAAGAGAAAACAUGAAGAUGUAAGUGAUGACGAUAAUAAUUAUCAUACUGCUAAAAAGGCAGCAUUACCAACCUCCCAAAUUGAAACUAAUGUUAAAAUCAUAUUUGAUUGUGAAUUUGAUGAAUUAAUGAAUCAAAAAGAAAUAGUUAGUAUGUCAAAUCAAAUAACCAGAAGUUACUCUGCCAUGAGACAUUGUCAAUAUUCAUUACCUAUUAUAAUUUCAUCAUUUAAUAAGAGUUUAAAAUCAAGAUUUGAUAAUAGUGUUGGUCAAUAUAAAUUAUGGAAUAAAAGUAUUGAAUUUAAGACCAAUGAUACUUUGGAAGAACUUUUAGAUAAACAAGAUUUAUCGAAUUAUGUUUAUCUUACUCCUGAUACUGAAGAAGUCAUUGAAACCAUUGAAUCUAAUAAAACUUAUAUAAUUGGAGGUAUUGUGGAUAAAAAUAGACAUAAACAAUUAUGUCUUAAUAAGGCUAAUAAGCUAGGUUUAAAAGUAGGUAAAUUGCCUAUUGACAAAUAUAUUGAGCUUAAUGGUAGACAUGUUCUUGCUACAUCUCAUGUUUAUGAAUUAUGUUGUAAAUGGUUUGAGAAUAAUGGCGAUUGGGAAAAAGCUUUCAAUGACGUUUUACCACCAAGAAAGAAGAUUACUAAAGUUGAAACUGAAAAUUCAAUUGAACCACAAAAGGAAGCUCAAGAUGAUAAAGAUGAAGAAAAUGAUGAUGAAGAGGAGGAAGAAGACGAUGAUGAUGAAGAUAACGAUGAAGAGGCUGCAAAUGAAGAAAAGUAA